AUGCAGUUCAAGCAAUCCAUUCUCGUCGUCCUCGCUGGCCUGCUGUCCCUGACAGUGGCCUGCAAAGAUGCCCAGGGUAACGAUGGUGUCUGCAAACCCCCUAACUUCUGCUGCAAAGAGGAUAGCACGCAGUGCGUCUUCGACGACAGCUGCAGCAGCUGA